GGAACCAUCCAUUUUGCGAUCCCGCCCCCUGAACUGUCCGUAAUCACGGGCUCCCCCGGGCGCUGCUGUUGCUUUCGGAUGGAUGAUGAUGAUGAUACCCUGUGGGGCUACUUGGCCAUCACAACGAAUAAUAAACAGCCUCCAUUGCCAAGGAAAUUUCAGAGGCGGAAUUGAGAUAGUAGUAGUAGUAGGCGAGGAGGGAGGGAAGGGAGACAGGGAGGGGUCAGUCGUCUUCCUCUGUCCCCGUGCUGCGCCUUUGCUUCGGAGUCUUGCCAAGUCUAGAUUCGAGGAGAGGGCUCUCUCUCUCUCUCUCUCUCUCUCUCUCUCUCUCUCUCUCUCCUUGCCUGGCCUGGCCUGCAUCGGAAGCUGGGAUUGGCGCCCUCUGCCCUACAGUGCUGCAGGCCGGAAAUUAUUUUACGCAGGAUCCAGAUUUCUCUGUUAAAGGAAUGUCCUCAACCACAUCUACCCAGCCCUCAGCAUCUUCAGGUGGUGCAUCUACUUCAGCUGAUGAGAAUGCAAGGCCUCCUGAUUCAGGCACUAAUUCUUCUGGACCAGCACGAAGCAUACUGUCUCUACAGUUGGACCAGCGGUCAUUACAUUUUUCCGUUAGUGCUUGGGUUCUUAUUGUUGCCUUGAUUGGCAUCUUUCCAUUGGCACCACAUGCCCUCCAGUACAAGGGAUAUAGGUUGUCACUUCUUGGCACAACAUGUACUACAGGCUAUGCUUUGUUUGCUUUGUACAGGCUACCCCGAGCAGGGAACCUGCAGGCUGUUCAGGCGUGGUGUCACCAUGUAACUUCAUCAAAGGAUUUUAUACCAUUCAUGUACUGCCUUAUGUUUGCUACAUCUAAACUGCACUUGAAGCUUGUUUUGGUACCUGUAAUUUGUUGGGCACUUGAACAUGUCGCUCGAUUUCUACGGCGACAUUUUACUAGCUCAUCUUUGUACAGGACAUACUUGGAGCAACCUUGUACAUGGGUUGAGACAAACACAACUGCAGUCCACUUUCUACGUUCAAAUUCAGAGAUUUUGUUGGGCUUUCUUUUGAUCCUAUCCCUGUUCUCGCGACAGCGAAAUGUUAUGCAAACAUUCAUGUAUUGGCAGUUGCUGAAGCUCAUGUACCAUUCUCCCUUCACUGCCGCUUAUCAUAGAGCUAUCUGGCUUAAAAUUGGUCGGACAAUUAACCCAUAUAUCCAGCAUUACACCCCUUUUCUUCAUGACCCGAUAAAUGCUGGCAUGAGAUGGUGGUUUAGGUAGUUUGAAUGCAGCACCGUUAGUCAUGUAAAGAGAUGCAAGUAUGUUUAUGGUAUUAUUUCACAUUUGAUCCAAAGAGAAUCUUUGAGAAAAUUGCUGCUUGGGAGUGAUGUUAUUAGUCCCUUGUGUGGCUUUGAGCUGAUGUUAAUUCUUAGUAGUUAGUAUGAUCAGUAACUCUGUAACUCUUGUAACUAGAGCUAGUAGAGAUCUUGGCCUGUUAGGCAUGUACUGAAGUUAGAUGGGUAGGUUAUUGUUGUGACCGAAUUAUGUUUUGAUUUUGACUAUUGCGAGCCACAUAUCAGUGUUAUCAAAAGGAUGUUACUAUUCUACCAGCGUU